UAUCUCCAGGAGUUAUUUUCUCGAAGCUUACAUCUCUUUUUCUCUCUUCUUAAUUCGAUUUCCGUCAUGUCAGGCCGAGGGAAACAAGGAGGUAAAGCUCGUGCUAAAGCCAAGACGCGGUCUUCUCGGGCUGGACUCCAGUUCCCAGUGGGCCGCGUCCAUCGCCUGCUCCGGAAGGGCAAUUAUGCCGAACGCGUUGGUGCCGGAGCGCCGGUCUACUUGGCCGCUGUGCUCGAGUACCUCACAGCAGAAAUCCUGGAGCUGGCAGGCAAUGCUGCCAGAGACAAUAAAAAAACGCGCAUCAUUCCCCGCCAUUUGCAGCUCGCCAUCCGCAACGACGAAGAACUCAACAAGCUUCUGGGCAGAGUGACUAUUGCCCAGGGUGGCGUUCUACCUAACAUACAGGCGGUCCUGCUACCUAAGAAAACUGAAAGCCACAAACCCAAGAGCAAAUAAUUGGAUAAGAACUCUACGCCAAAGACAAAAGGCUCUUUUUAGAGCCAUCCAUUCCAUCAAAGAAGAGCUGAGAUACUAUUAGUGAUAAAUAGUAGAACAAAUAACCGUAAUAGAUAAUAGAUAGCCCU